AUGCAUUCACAAAUAAAAAUCAGUUCAUUUUUAGAAAGAGUCUUCAGUAUGGACGUUCUCUCCUCAAUCGAAGCAAGAAGAACAAUCAGAGAAUAUGAUCAUAACUAUGUCAUCCCAAAGGAACACAUCGAAGCCAUUGCAAACCAUGCAUUGAUGGCUCCAUCUGCAUGUGGCUUCCAAGGAUGUGAUGUUUAUGUAAUCCAAAACCCAGAAAUUGCUGCUAAAAUAGAGCAGAAGUCUCUUGAAUCAGUUGAUCCAAAAGCAGUUCCAUUUUUCAAGAAAAGAUAUGAAGAACUUGGCGUUAAGAACUGUAUAACAUGUGACUGCCAAGCAUUCUUCAUGGUUGUUAAAAACGAGCGUGCUGACGAAAGAUACGUGUAUGUUGAUGCUGGCAUUAUGGCAGAGUCAAUCAUGCUUGCAGCUGUCAGCCUUGGUUAUGUCACAAUGCCAGUUGGCGCUGUAAUGUACUCAGAUCUCUCUGAUACACUUCCAGUAAAGAAGGGAGAUAUCAUUAUGGCUGUCGCAGUUGCAAAGGGUGUCGAGCAUCCAACAAUUCCACCAAAGCCAAUCAAAGCUAAGGUCCACUAUUACUAA